UUGGGCUGGCACGCUUCAUACUCAAUCUUACCGACCUAUGCGACUAUUCGGACUCACCGCUGUCGCAUGAUUCUAUACGGAACCGUUUGUGAACAUCUGACCUCUUUUUUAUCUCUCCGCCUCAAUUUAAGGAAGCGUCGUGUGACGUUCAUCGUUACUGGUCUGAGGAUGGGGGAUGGUAUUGUGUUACUCUCUCCAAAUCCAGGAAUCUAG